AUGUCUAUCAGUACUACUAAAUCAACUACAGAAAAUCUACCUUGGAUUGAAAAAUAUAGACCAGAAUCACUUGAUGAUGUUUAUGGUCAGACAAAUGUGGUAGAAACAGUUCGUCGGUUUGUUACUGAGGGGAAAUUACCACAUUUGUUGUUUUAUGGACCACCAGGCACUGGUAAGACAUCUACUAUUCUAGCUUUGGCCAAGGAAAUCUACGGCCCGAAACAUUAUAAAAAUAUGAUUUUAGAGCUCAAUGCCUCCGAUGAUAGAGGUAUUGAUGUUGUUCGUAACCAAAUCAAAGAUUUUGCAUCCACCAGACAAAUUUUUGCACAGAAAUCUUUUAAAUUAAUUAUAUUAGAUGAAGCGGAUGCAAUGACAAGUGCAGCUCAAAAUGCUCUAAGAAGAAUUAUUGAAAAAUAUACCAAAACAACCAGGUUCUGUAUUUUGGCAAACUACUCUCAUAAGUUAACUCCUGCUCUAUUAAGUAGAUGCACGAGAUUUAGAUUUCAGCCCUUGCCCCAAGAUGCAAUUGCUAAGAGAAUGGAAAAUGUCUUGGCUCGUGAGCAUUUAAAACUAACUGCUGAUGCAAAAACUGCAGUUUUAAAACUAUCUAGGGGUGAUAUGAGAAAAGCUUUGAAUGUGUUGCAAGCAAGUCAAGCUACUUUAAAAGAUCCUAUCAACGAUGAAGUUACUGAAGAUAUAAUCUAUGAAUGCGUUGGUUCACCAAAACCAAAAGACCUAGAGUACUGUUUACAAACCAUUUUGAAAGAUGAUCGUAUAACUGCUUUGGAAACCGUUCGAAAAUUAAGAACCAAUACUGGAUUAGCCUUAAUAGAUUUGAUUUCAGGUUUUAUAGAAAUUUUACAAGAAUACGAAUUAAGUGAGGAGGUUAGAUCUAAUAUCUUAAUAAAGCUAAGCGAUGUGGAAUAUGCUAUUAGCAAAGGUGGCAAUGAUAAAAUACAAUGCGGUGCUGUAGUAAGUGUUAUAAGAUCAAGCUUUAAUGUGUAA